GUUUUCCGUUGGCGGUCGGCCAUCUUUUCUGGCGCCGGGGCUGUCGCUCUGUGGUGUGUGUGGAGCGGAGGGGAAGAUAACGGGAGCCAGGCCUGCGGGUGAGAGCGCUGGCGGCCUGUGAGACUCUGUAAACCGGGGGGAAAAGGGGCGUUUACUGUACGGUAGAACCGACACUCGGUCGCCUGGAAACGGAAGCUGAAAAAAAAAAAAAAAGCCGCCUCCGACUCCGUCCGUCAGCGUCAUAACUCCGCGCCGCCCGCACCGCCAUUCACUCCGGGAACACAGCGCCGCAUUACCUGAAGACGCGGGGGCACCCAGGUGAGAACUGGGCACAAAAACUGAGGCAGAGGCUGUACCAGACUCGAUGAGUUUCUUCCGUCAUGUCGGAGAAGUCAGGCCAGAGCACAAAAGCAAAGGAUGGGAAAAAGUAUGCGACCCUCAGCCUAUUUAACACGUACAAAGGAAAGUCUCUAGAAACUCAGAAAACUACAGUUGCUGCACGUCAUGGUCUCCAAAGUCUGGGAAAAGUUGCUGUGUCUCGGCGCAUGCCACCACCUGCAAAUCUACCCAGUCUAAAGGCAGAGAAUAAAGGCAACGACCCAAAUGUGAAUAUUGUUCCCAAAGAUGGCACCGGCUGGGCAUCCAAACAAGAGCAGGCUGAAGAAGAAAAAACACCAGAAGUGCCUCCUCCACCUCCUCCAAAGCCAGUCGCUCCUCCUCCAGCUGAGGUUCCUGUGGUCACCAAAUCCUGGGCCAAUACCAAGCCAGGUGGGCAAGGAGACGGUGUUCCUCCUGUGAACCGAUACUUCCAGCAAGAAUUCCCCAGUCUGCAGGCAGCUGGGGAACCAGAAAAGAAAGAGAAAGAAGCAACGGAUGAUAACUAUGGACCUGGACCCAGUUUACGGCCACAAACUGAUGUGGCCAGUUGGCGGGAAGGUGGAGGAAGGAACCUAGGAACUCCGCUGGCACCUUCUGACCAAGAAACUGCUGCACUUGGAGAGGAAGGAACGUCCCAUCCCGCUCUUCCUGGGGCAGCAGAUCAAAGCAAGAUUGGUGAUAAACGUUCCACAACCCCACAGCUAAAACUGAAUGGACAGCAACCGGGCCUACCUCCUCAGUACAGAGGCAUGAUGCCUCAAUUUGCUGGAAAUAUGUUCCCUUCGUAUCCUCGACUCCCAUUUCCCCCGGCCCAAGGACAAACUAGAUAUCCUACACCAGCUGAAGCCAACAGGCAGCCGCGACGACCGCAAGCGUGGGCGGCUGAGGGCAUUGAACGUCCCUCCAUUAUCAGUGCUAGUGAACUGAAGGAGCUGGAUAAUCUGGACACUGAGGCCGAUGAAGGGUGGGCGGGAGCACAAAGUGAAGUAGAUUACACCGAGCAGCUGAACUUCAGCGAUGAUGAUGAACAAUCUUCGAGUCACAAAGAGAAAUCAGAAAGCUGGGACGAACGCAUCGCAAAAACAGAGCAGGUUCAGCCCAAACCUAAUGACAAUUCCGAAAUUGGCAAAGAAGUCGAAGAGCGGACGGCGAACACUUCUUCUCAAGCACCCGCCGGCCAGAAGUCUCUCCUCGGGAAAGGUCCAUCGCCUGAUACACAGGAGAGACGCCAAAUGCCUCCAUCCCUAUUAUCUCUCGACAAAAAUAUUCCACCUCUGUUGCAGCCAAAAAGCGCUCCUCAACAGCAUCCGCCUCAAAGCCGCCCAGGUGCACCAUCAAGACCGUCACCUUUACCGUCUCGACCCAGCGAGGAUGAGAUCUGGAAGCAAAGACGUAGACAACAAGCGGAGGUUUCUGCGGCCGUGGAGCGAGCCCGUAAGAGACGCGAGGAGGAGGAAAGGCGCAUGGAAGAGCAAAGGAAAGCCGCAUGUGCAGAAAAGUUAAAGCGUUUGAAUGAGAAGUUUGCAGCCUCUGCCCCAACCCCUUCUGAGAAACCCGCACCUGAGAAACCAGUUGAAGAGCAGCCGGUCACCGAGCCGCCCCAGCCAGAGUCUCCUGUCCCCCAGGAGGAAAAGGAGGUCACCGAUCAUGAACAGCCUGAGGAAGAAAAGGAACCAGAGAGGCCAGAGACUCCAGUACAACACGAAGAAAAGGAAGACCUCAUCACUCAGCCUGAAAUCGAACCAUCAGAAGAAAGUGAAAAUGUUGCUGAUUUAGAAGAAAUGUCGCCUGAGCUAGUAGUGUCAGAAGAACCACCCUUUACUAGGAAGGAUAGUGUUUCAAGCGACCGAGCGGACACCCCUCCUGCCAUACCUGUCCAGCUGCCGCCACUUGUUCUCCAGCCGCCUUCAGUUCCAUCUCCGGUGUCUAAUCUCCCACCUUCCCCGUCGCCAUCUUCAGGCCCUGUGAUCCCACAUGAGAGUGAAUCUGAAAGUGGAACACAAACGCGCCCCCCACUUUCUUCUGGAUACUCAAAGCAGUUUCAGAAAUCUUUGCCUCCAAGAUUCCAGAGACAGCAGGAACAGAUGAAACAGCAGCAGUGGCAGCAGCAGCAACAAGGUGUGCUAUCCCAACCAGCCCAGUCACAACCUUCUAGUAGCCCUGUUCCUCCACCACAACACAGGCCUCUUUACCAGCCCUUGGGACCACAUCCUCAACAUUUGGCCUCCAUGGCUUUUGAUCCUCGCUGGUUAAUGAUGCAGCCUUACAUGGAUCCUCGAAUGAUGUCUGGAAGGCCAGCAAUGGACAUUCCACCAAUGCAUCCUGGAAUGAUACCAACCAAACCUCUGAUGAGGCGUGAACAAAUUGAACCCUCAACAUCUGCUUCUGAACCAUAUGAACACAUGGCUCGAUCCGUUAGAGACCACGGUGUCCCAAUAUCUGAACCUCGCAUGAUGUGGGGAGCUGAGCCCUACCCACACCCUGACAGCCCACAGGUUUCAUCCUCUACUAAAGAGCCAGAAGAGCCUGAAGAUUACAGAUCUGAAACACCACUGGACCAAGAUGUCAUCACUGAGAACUACUCAUUGGACCACAGUCCAUUUGAACCCCAGCACAAAGCUGAUUUCUUUUCUAGAACCCGUGAGCCAGAUCUUCACAGUGCACCUAUCAGACAUCCAGAGCCUAUCCAACUACCUCAGGCAGAAGAAAAAGACUCAGUAAUAUCCGCAUAUGAACCAUCAGAGAAGCAAGCGCCUAUAGAGGAAGUGACUCACAUUGAUAUCCAACCCGUGUUAACCAGGACUUUAUCCAGUGAGUCUUCUCACACUCAGAAACAAGAGGAGAGGAGGGUGGAUACAGUACAGAUGAACACAAAAGUCUCCAUCAGACCAGCUGAACCUGUGAAAGAAAUCAUAGAGGAGAAACAAAGGAAAGAAAGUUUUCAGAGUUCGAAGCCACUCGAUAUAUCAAAACCAGAAAAGCCUUUCAAACCAAAGUCAGAAACAAGGUGGGGCCCAAGACCGGGAUCCCGGAGCCGAGAAGAAGGUUUAGAUAGACCAGUAAGGCGAUCCGGCCCCAUCAAAAAACCUAUUCUUCGUGACAUGAAAGAAGAGCGUGAAAUGAGGAAAGAAAAGGAAGAGGAAAAGACUGGACAUGAAAAACCUAUAAGAGAAAGAAGAGAAGAGAAACAAGACAAAGUGGAAAAGAAAACGCUACCGCAGCAGCCAGUGCCAAGUUCAGUGUCCACCAUAAAUAAAGCUGAGCAAGAGAAACAAUCACAAGACACCGCUACUCUUCCUAAAGUGUCAAGUACCAAUACGCUACAUAAAGAAAAGUCAUUGGAAAACAUUUCAGAUCCAAUACCCAAACCAGUCACCCAACCAGCGUCAACCAAUCAGCCAAAUAAGGAAGAUAAAAUAGUGCGUGUGGUUAGCAAGGAAAAUAAAGAACUUCCUCCUGAAAAGCCCAAAUCAGAUGCUAAACCUCCGUUAGCAUCACAGCCCUCACAUACAAUGGUGCCGCAUCGAAGGGACCCUAUUCUUCCACCUCGUGCUUAUAGGAAAGAGGCUAGAGACAGAGACUGGUUUCCUGAUCAGGGCUAUAGGGGUCGAGGCCGGGGAGAGUAUUAUUCCAGAGGAAGGAGCUAUAGGGGAUCUUAUGGAGGCAGGGGACGUGGAGGUAGAGGGCAAAACAGAGAAUAUACGCAUUACAGAGAUUCCAAGAUGCGCUCUGAUCCUGCUCCUCCUGGCUCCGGAAGGCGAAGGGACGAAAGUGAAACGCGUAGCGAAAGUUCAGAUUUCGAGGUCUUGCCGAAAAGGAGGAGACAGCAUGGUUCCGAAACGGACUCUGACAGCGAAGUUCAUGAGAGCGCAAGCGACACUCCUCUGUCCGAUAAGGAGACUUCCACUAGAAUCAAACCUCGUAGAGACGAUCGCUCAGAUAUCAAAAGAGCGCCAAAAUCUGCGUCUCUCUUAAAGUCAGAAGCUGGAAUGUCAAGGGCAGAAGUCAAACUGCCUGAAAGGCACUUCCCUAGAGAAGACGACAACAGAACGAGACCUGGCUUCUUGCCGAAGGGUGAACCUUCCCGUAGAGGAAGAGGGGCGGGAAGUUUCCGUCGUGGAGGUAGGGAGCCUGGCAUGCGUCCGUCACGCCCUCCUCCACCAAGAAGAUCUAACUACAGAGACAACCAGUGGAUGCCACGGCAGCAGGAUUUAAGGCCGCCCCCACCUCCCCGUAUGGACGAAGGGGAAAACAGACAUCACGAGCACCAAGUGUUACCUCCGGGGGAAAAGAGACCACCUGUUAAGUUUGAACGCAAGUUUGACCCCUCAAGGGACCGACCAAGGAGGCAAAGGCCUACGCGACCACCUAGACAGGACAAGCCUCCACGAUUCAGACGUUUAAAAGAACGGGAAAGAGAAGACGCGGGCAAACCUGCCGAAGUCACCGGCUCUUCCAAUCAAGGCGUGCCAUCCUCUAAUAGUGUCCACGAACUCCCAUCCGAUUUUUCAGGCAACAAGACCCCAGAUCUGUCUAACCAUAAUUCGUCCGACCAGGCCAAUGAAGAAUGGGAAACCGCUUCCGAAAGUAGCGACUUCAACGAACGAAGGGAGAGGGACGAGCGGAAAGCUGCAACUUCUGCCAGUAUCCAGUCACCAGCUCCAAACAAAACGGCUGAUGGUUUGGGGCAAUCGCCACCUAAAAGGGAAAGCGCCAAAAGAAGUUUCUCCAGCCAGAGGCCUGGCAUGGAUCGGCAGAACCGUCGCGGCAAUACCGGUGCGCCGAAACCAAGCAGGCAUUACUCUGGUCCCAGGGGAGAAAGGCGAAGCGGAACAUCAUUACAAAGGGGAAAAAGAGGGACAAUGGAUGAUCAGACUUUAGGAUUAAGCCAAGUAGAUUCGUCGGGUGGCAGCAGCAACGCUCACCACUAUCACAACUAUCACCCCCAUCCUGAAGAUGGCAGUACCUCAGCACAGUCAAAAGCUUCUAAGGAUGUCCCAGGCAAGAAGAAGGAAGAGCCUAAGCUAGUUGUCAAGAAACCUAAGGAGAAAGUGGACGCCUUGUCCCAGUUUGACCUGAACAACUAUGCAAGUGUUGUAAUAAUAGACGACCACCCUGAAGUUACAACUCUAGAAGACUCACAGUCCAACCUCAAUGAUGGCUUCACAGAAGUAGUGUCCAAAAAGCAACAGAAACGUUUACAGGAUGAAGAGCGGAGAAAGAAGGAAGAGCAAACGGUACAGGUUUGGAAUAAAAAAGGUUCUGGUGAGAAAGGAAGAGGCCAAAAUUCUAAGCUUCCACCCCGGUUUGUAAAGAAGCAGCAGCAGCAAGCAGCAGCAUUACAGGCCCAGUCCUCUGUGCUCGCCGCUCCGCAAAGUAUAACCCCUUCUGUCCCUGCUACGAUGCCUCCUAGUCAACCUCCAGCGCCUGUACCCGCUCAGCCAACCACAAACGGGUCAGAAUUUUCUGGACCUGUAAAACCUCAACCUCCAUCACAGCCGCCAAGUGCCCUGGGGACCGAGCUGUGGGAAAACAAGAUGGCGGCCCCAAGUGUCCUGAAUGACUUGUCUAAGAAAUUGGGACCUAUAAAUCCUCCACAGCCACCUUCUUCCAGUGCCUGGAAUAAGCCCCUGACAGGUUUUGUGCCCUCUUCCAGCUCUGAGACAUCUAAAAAUGGCCAAGAUGUUUCUGUUGACCUCACAAUGGAAGCCAUACAGUUUGGCGCCCCUGCAUCCAGCAGCAGCGACAAUGAAGGUACAUCCUCCCUCUCCGAAAAAACGGAAUCUCUACCUGAGCCCAAAGAGCAGAGGCAAAAGCAGCCCAGAGCUGGCCCAAUAAAGACCCAAAAGAUACAGGAUAUUAAUGUAAUUCAGAUCAAGGAAUAUAAGCCGGGACCUAUCGGCAAGGAGCGAUCCCUAAAGAACCGCAAGGUAAAAGAAGUGCAGCAGCCCGAGCCGGAGACUCAGGAGAAGCAAAUUCCGACUACAGUUCAUACUCCAGAACCGGUUCCAUCCAAGGACACUAAAGUGAUAACAGAGGUGGCCACUGAAAUCACCAGCAUACUGUCUGUGUCCGCGCCAAAAUUUGUAACAAGCACUAAGGAAACCGUAACAGACUACACAAGCCUAUCCAAUGCCCUUCCUAAUGCUGCAUCAUCGGGAAGCUCUAAAAUUGAGUCUACUUUGGUGCCUAAUGUGCCCCUUCCCCACAGCCUUCCGUUAUCUCGAAGAGAGACUCUUCAACAGAGCUCAAGCUUGACCCCUGUGUCUCCUGCCACUGUGGACCUGACUCUAAAGAUGGAGUCUGCUCGCAAAGCAUGGGAGAACUCCCCAAGUGUUGCUGAGAAAGGAUCCCCCAUCGCAUCUGCAGCGCCUCCUACCAGCACAUCAGGAGUGGGGGCUUCCUCCAAUUCAAACACUGGAGUUGGUAGCGUAAAUGCUAAUAGUGGGAAUGCCGGCCCUCCUCCGCCCAGCAGUGUCCCGUACAACUCUUUCUCCAGUGCGUCUAUGCCGCCACCUAUCCCGGUAGCUUCAGUAACGCCGACCACUUCCCUAUCAGGUGCUGGAACGUACACGACUUCAUCUCUAAGCACGAAAACUACCACGACCUCCGAUCCUCCAAAUAUCUGCAAAGUGAAGCCUCAGCAGCUCCAGAGCAGCAGCAGCAUGCCCUCUGCCAGUCACUUCUCCCAGCUCAGCUGCAUGCCCUCCCUGAUGGCCCAGCAGCAGAGUCCGCAGGUGUACGUCUCCCAGUCUGCAGCAGGACCAGCAGCACAAAUACCUGCUUUCUAUAUGGAUACAAGUCAUUUAUUUAAUACUCAGCACGCACGAUUAGCUCCUCCAACCCUAACCCAACAGCAAGGAUUCCAGCCAGGUCUCUCCCAAAUCCCGAUCCCCAUCUAUGCUCCUCUGCAAGGACAACAUCAGGCUCAGCUCGGAUUAGGCCCGGGUCCCUCUGUAUCCCAAGCCCAGGAAAUGUUUACUCCCUCACUUCAGCCGUACAGGUCCCAGCAGGCGUAUCUACAGAGCAAUCUGUCUCAGCCUUCCCCGGUUGUCUUGUCUGGCGCUACCUUACAUAAUUUCCCCGGAGUCCAACACCAGGACCUUGCUAAGGCUCAGUCUAGCCUGGCGUAUCAGCAGACGACCAAUACUCAGCCCAUUCCUAUCUUAUAUGAACACCAGCUUAGUCAGUCUGGUUUGGGAGGAUCUCAGCUUAUUGAUACACACAUUCUACAAACCCGACAGGGGCUUGGACAACCUUCUAAUCUGUAUUCUGGACAGCAACCAAGUCAGACCAGCUUCUACAACACGGCUCAGUCUCCUACAGCUUUGCAGCAGAUGACGUUACCUUUGCAAGGAUCUCAGCUGUCCUUGCCCAACUUUGGUUCUACAGGGGGGCAGCCCCUCAUUGCUUUAUCUCAAACUCUGCCACCUGCACAUCAAGCUCAACAUCAGAGUCUCUCUAGGACUGGCCAAGUGAGCCAGGCUUACCGCGGCCUAAUCCCUUCCGGCAGUCAGCACGGAAUGAUGGCUGCCCCCGGCAAGGUGACGACUGCACUUAUUCUCUUUGGGAUGACUGACCUCGAUCUUAAAGCUUACGGCAGUGCAUUAGACCACGUGAAGCCCGGUACACCGCCUGUCGGUGGAAGGAGCACCACACCUACGUCCAGUCCUUUUCGGGCCAGUUCAACCAGCCCCAACAGCCAGUCAGGCAAAAUGAACAGCUUGGUUUACCAGAAGCAUCAAUUCCCUUCGACCAGCGCCAGUGUAAGGAUGGGUCAGCCGCCAUUCCCCACACCGCAGUUCCCUCCUCAGAUACUGUCCCAGCCUAACUUGGUUCCGCCGAUGGUCAGAGGACCACAUCCGAACUCGUUCCAGCCUCCUGUCCAGCGUCCACCCAUGCAGCUGACCAGCCAGAUGCCCCCACAGAUGCCCACAGGCCUGAUGAACCAUCCGCGCCUUCACCACGUGUCUCGGGCCCCUCCUGUGGCACCUUCCGGUGUGCGAGUCAAUGCCGCCAUGAAGGCGGAGCAGGAUCUGAAGGCAAAACAGAGAGCAGAAGUCCUGCAGUCGACGCAUCGCUUCUUCGAACAGCAACAACAUCAACAGAGCAAACCUGUGAUCCCUAAACCUCCGAAAACCAUAGCCGGCCCUCCAAAGCCUUCGGACGCCAUCGCAGAGCCUUCCAUGGUCUCGCAGGAGAAGGUUGAAGAGAAUUCGUCCGCCUCCCUGCCUCAAGCGCCGGUACUGACCGCCCCAAAACCCAUCAGAACUGGACCAAUAAAACCUCAAGCCAUCAAAACGGAAGACACGAAAUCAUAAGAGACGGCAUCGGAGGAGGAUGGUUACGUUCUAAGCGCUACACUUAUGUGUACGGAUACAGGAUUUCUUUGUUUACUGAAAAAAAAAUGCAGCAGCUGAUCUAAAAUUAGGAAGGAAAACAGCGGGUUUAGUUAACGUACCGAUCAGAGCGGCGUCCAUCGAUUUCAGCAUUUCAAGGCGUAAAACGUAGAAAACUCUGAGCCCGGAUGGCGACGGAGUCUUCUCGUUUCUGCCAGGCUUGUCUGUGAUUAUGCUGGAACGGGAAAGUUCACACUGUACGGUCAAUUAAAUAAAACACUACCCUGCAGAGGUGAGCUGAAGUGUGACGCCAUCAUAAACGUACACCCAAACACGCUUUAUGGUCUUGUUUAGGGUUACGUAGUCGGCUUUUGUCUCACCCCCCACAGUGUUCGCUCUCCCCGUACCCGGCUCUUCUGUUUGCGUGUAUUUUGUGCUCUCGACAUCCCCCCCUCUCCAGCAAUUUACUAAGUUUAGUGUUUCGUAGCGGCCUUGAGGGUGCAUGUGGUCUAAAAGGUUGCAAGUGAAGGUUGAGGCAUUGAGCAUUUCUGCUCCUAACCACUGGAGGCGCUGUGAGAUUAUAAACCGGAUAUCUGGUCAGUCGUGUAGAGAAACAUAGAUUCAUAGAAAUUCUCCCUAAAGCCGCGCGAUAUGGCGGAACAAUCAAAACAAUUGCUGCUGUCGUCUCCACAAUAUCAGUCUAUACUGUACCUUUAAGAUAUAAAACCUCUGUAACUUUAAUUUUUAAAAAUAUUUCCUCAUAAAGUGAAAUCACGUUAUACAGCGACCUUUUUAUAUAUAAAUAGGAAAGCAGGAGUUCACUUCUGUGCUGGACGAGACAAAUAAAACUGUACAUUAUGAGAUAUCUUGUAAAUGCAGCUAUGUUGUGGUAAAAGGUGUUCUUAUUAAACGUAAAAAAAAUCUUAUUUUGCCCAGUUUAAGGGUUUUGCUUAUAUUUUUGUUUUUCAAUAGCUACAAAAAAACCUCAUACAGAAAAAAAACGUACGUGAAAUCGAAAAAAAACUACUCUGUGUAUGCAUCCAAUCUAUUCAGAUUAAAGGGACUAAUCACGGGGCCAGUCUCUGGGUUUGUGGCCCCCGGUCCGAACUGUUACUAUAUGUAUUGCCGGUAAAUUUCCAGUUUUAGUAUUUAAUGACCUGUUGGGUAAAAGCGACAGGUAAAUACCACCCCCUUCCAAAAUCGUCAUCGUGUCAGUCACUUGGCCUGCUGUACAGAAUAGUUGCAGACGGAGAGCGAGCUGCAGUUUAGUUGUAUUUUUUCUUUUUUUUUUUUUUUAUAUAUAAAUAUUAUAUAUAUAUAUACAUAAAUAUAUAUACAGGUUUUUUUUUCUUUUUAGCUGUUUUGUCAUCUUUUUUGCAAUUCAAAAACGGGGGGAUAGUAUAGGUUUUGUCCCACACAUCCUUUUUGGCUUUGUACAGAAUUUACAGCCACACUUUAGCCCUUGCUCUGUUAAGAGAGAGAGAGAGAGAAAAAGAGGAAUAAAUUGUAUGAAAUAUGUAAGGUCUUUACUUUAUCCAGGUUUGAUUACAGGAAACUAAUAAAGUAUUCUCUAAAUAAAUACAUUUUUGC